UGCCUCCCAGGCCGGGCUCUCCUCACUCUGCUUGGGGACAGCAGAGAGCAGGAUGUGCGCGCUGCAUCCCACGCGGCCGACCUUUCAGUCUCGCAGUGCUGCCUUUCCCGCCGAACAGCCCAGGCUUUCUGCUCAGAGCCAAAUUUGCAGACUAUCUUAAGGAACCCCAGGCGGAGGACGCCUGCCGGAGCUCUGCUGAAGGGGGAGACAGACAGAGAGAGACGGAGAAAGAAAAGUUUUUCAAACUCUCCAUGAAGUGUGCUAUGUUCUGCCAUUCAUUCCCAGAGUCGCAGAAGCAUUCCACUCGGGAAAGGGAGCCUGCGGCGAGCAGCACAGGUGAGAAGAGCCUGGGAGAGCAGAUUAAUUCAUCCUCUGCGUUUUCUAUGUGAGGACAGUAGUAGAGGCCAGUGGGGCUUUGAGAAGGCCCAGAGAUGAGUGCCAACAGCAGCAGCUCAGCGGGCCAGCUCCUAUGGCAGGGGCCGGUGUGUAUCAGCUGGAAGCCGGAUAUGGAAGGAGCUGUCUACCACCUGGCCAGCUGCAUCUUGCUCCUGGGCUUCAUGGCGGGCAGUGGGGUGUAUGGCUGCUUCUACCUUUUUGGCUUCCUGGGCACUGGCUACCUAUGCUGUGUGCUGUGGGGCUGGUUUCAUGCCUGUGGCCUGGACAUUCUCCUUUGGAGCUUCCUGCUGGCAGUGGCUUGCCUGCUCCAGCUGGCACAUCUGGUCUACCGCCUGCGUGAAGACACCCUCCCCGAGGAGUUCAACCUGCUGUACAAGACGCUGUGGCUGCCGCUGCAGGUGCCCCUGCAGACAUACAAGGAGAUUGUUCACUGCUGCGAGGAGCAAGUGUUGACACUGGCCAUGGAGCAGACCUAUGCCGUGGAGGGUGAGACACCCAUCAACCGCCUGUCCCUGCUGCUCUCGGGCCGGGUCCGUGUGAGCCAGGACGGGCAGUUUCUGCACUACAUCUUUCCGUACCAGUUCAUGGACUCUCCUGAGUGGGAAUCGCUGCAGCCCUCGGAGGAGGGGGUGUUCCAGGUCACCCUCACAGCUGAGACGGAGUGCAGCUACGUUUCCUGGCCCCGGAAAAGUCUCCACCUUCUCCUGAACAAGGAGCGGUACAUCGCGCGCCUCUUCUCAGCCCUGCUGGGCUAUGACAUCUCAGAGAAGCUCUACACUCUCAACGACAAGCUCUUUGCCAAGUUCGGGCUUCGCUUUGACAUCCGCCUGCCCAGUCUCUACCACGUCCUGGGUCCCACUACCCCAGACGCAGAGCCAGGGUCUGAGAAGGAGGAGGAGGAAGCCCACAUGCCAGCCGUGUCUCCUCAAUCCGUGGCCACCGCUGCCCAGCAGAUGCCCCCUUGUUCUCCCCCUCCAGCUGCCACCAACCUUCCUGCACCUCCGUCCCGGGCCAGGAUGUCCAGGCCCGACAGCGGCCUCCUGGGUGAGGACUCCACCAGUCUGGUGCUGGAGGAUUUUGAGGAGGUGUCAGGAUCGGAAUCAUUUAUGGAUUAUAGGAGUGAUGGGGAGUACAUGAGGUGAGGGGAGAACUAACAUGGGCACAGUCGCCGGCUGAGGACCCAGUCUUCUAGAGCUCCUCUCCAGAGCCACUCUCAAGUUAUGUCCCGAGGACAGGCCCCUUUGGCUCCAACCCACACUCCUGAACUUUAAGGAUCAGUGGGCCACCCUUCUCCCCAUGGCCAGCCCGCCUCCCCGCCGUGUUCACAGGACGGUCCCUCACGCGCACCCCCUUCCCCUCACCCACCGGAAGCAGGCUCACUGGCAAGGUGGGAGCAGACACAGAAGGGGCCAGCACCAGAGCUACGCCGAGGGCCCUGUGUGGCUUUGGGAAAUGCACUGUCCUGAGCCCUCUUUCUGAGAGAGGCAGCCAGAAGCACAAAAGUGUCCGCGCCUUACCAGCUGCAAUCGUGAGCGUGUACGGCGGGGGUUACAAAAGCCACCUCACUGGGUUAUUGUGAGCAUUAGAUGAACUGAUUUAAAUAAAGCACCUGCAACCCAGCACGGCGUCCAGAGAGCACCCGAUAAACCCCUCAGCUCCCGGCCGAAUGUCGUUUUCUUGAAUCGUGCGAAAGGAUCUAUGGAGUCGGCUCUCUGGAAACUUGUCACUCGUGGUUAUGUGUCAUUUUUCCAGUCCUAUUCAGUGUAUGGAAGUAGAAAUUUAAAAACCUUGCUUUCCCUCAGGCUUUUACACUCAACUUACCAAUCACUUGUUCUGUUUAUAAGCCUACUAUUAAACUAUUUUUAGAAAGUCUUUUUUUAAGAUGUAUUUAUUUAUUUGAAAGUCAGAGUUACACAGAGAGAGGAGAGGCAGAGAGAGAGGUCUUCCAUCCACUGGUUCACUCCCCAACUGGUUGCAGCGGCUGGAGCUGUGCCAAUUCGAAGCCAGGAGCCAGGAGCUUCCUCCGGGUCUCCCACGUGGGUGCAGGGGCCCAAGGACUUGGGCCGUCUUCUACUGCUAUCCCAGGCCAUAGCAGAGAGCUGGAUCAGAAGUAGAAUAGCUGGGUCUCAAACUGGUGCUCAUAUGGGAUGCUGGCACUGCAGGCAGCGGCUUUACCUGCUACGCCACAGCGCUGGCUCCUAGAAAGAGUUUUUUUUACAAAUGCAGUUAAUUGGAUUUCCUUAAACAUUUAAAAUAUAUAUAAUGUAUUCUCUUUUCUUUUUUCCAUGAAUACUCGAACGUAUAUUCUAUUUAUCCGUUGCUGUGGAAUACCUAUCCCUAAACCAUCACUUAAUGGAAUAUCUUGCUCGUGACUGUGAGACGUGUCUGGAUUCAGCAGAGUGGUUCUUACUCAGGAUUUUUAUGUCAAUGUAGUCAGAGUUGCUGGGCCUAGAAGCCUCUAGGAGGUGUCCCCACUCACCAGCCUGGAGCCUAGACAGGCAGCAGCUCAACAGCUGAGGGCUGGGACAGUGCUGGCUUGCUCUCGCUCUCUCGCUCUCUCUCUCUCUCCCCUAUUCAUUGUUGUUGCUCUAUAGCACUCUGUUGCAUCAUUAUACCAAAGUUUACUUACCCAUUCUACUCUUGACGGGCAUUUGGUUUAACUUAAGGCAGUUUCCGAUGUGCUGCUGUGAACAUUCGUGUACGUAAGUUUGGGUGUACAUAUGCGCACAUUUCUUGGGUGUUUACCUAGGCAUUGGGUGUUCAGCCGUGGUAACACAAAGAUUUCCUAGGUGGUUGUUCCAGUUCCCAUUCCCACUAGCUGCAUAUGAGAGAUUCCAGCAACUUCUCAUCCUCCCCGGUAGUUGGCAUUGCCAUGUUUUCCCAUGUUAGCCAUUUGGGCAUAUACAGCAGCAUAUCAUUGUGGUUUUAACUUUCAUUUCCCUGAGGAAUAGUAAAGUUGAGUGCUUUGCCUUCACCAUAUGGAUAUCUCCUAUUGUAAUGUGUUUGUUCUGGUUUCCUCUCCCUGUAGCUAUUUGUGUGUAUGCUUUUUCAACUUAAGGAAAUUCUUUAAAUAUUUAGGUUAAGAGUCCGUGCUGGCUAUAUAUAACCAAAUAUUUUCUAUUUGGGGCUCUUUUUCUCCUCCUGUUUUGAUGAACAUAAGUUUUAUAAUUUAAUAUAGUAAUUUAUCAACCUUUUCCUCUGGUUGGUAUUUCCUGUGUCGUGUUUAAGAAAUCUUCCUCCUCUGAGGAGCCUCACCUAUGUUAUCUUCUAGACCUACCAUCAGCCUGGAUUUGGCUUUGAUGUAUGGUAUGAAGGGAGAGUCAAAACUCAUUAUUUGCCAUUGGAUUUAAUCCACUAAGCAACACUCAUUGACAUGAUUGUCUUAUCUCACGCAGUAUUCAGUGUCCCUCUGUCAUAUAGCAAAUGUCCCUGUAUCUGUAGAUCUGUUUCUGGAUCUUCCAUUCUGUCCCAAUGGCCCAUACUGCUAUCCUUGACAAUUCUACUUGGUUAUAGUUAUUGUAGCUUUAUAAUAAGUUUUGAUAUCUGGUAGUCUUCAAACUGUUCUUGCAGUCUUGGUUAUUUGUGGCCUUUUCCUUUAUAUUUUCAUAUAAAUUUUAGAAUUGGUUUGUCAAUUUGACAAAAUAAAUAAACCUUGCUGGCAUUUUUAUUAUAAUUUUUGUUCAUACUAAGGGUAGAGUUGAUCAAGAAUUGAAAUUUUUAUAACAUUCAUUUUUCAAUCCUUGAACAAAAUUUGGCACUUUAUCUAUUUUGGUCUUUUUUAUUUCUCUUGAUAGUGUUUGUAGUUUUCUAUGUAGAUGUCUCUGCUUUUUUUUUUUUUUUUUUUUUUUGGCUUUGCAUUUGCAGACUUUGUAGCUGAAGAAACUGGUUUGUUAUCUUAGUGGCUAUCCUGGGUUGCAAGGCCUGAUUUCCAUUUUUGGUAUUCUUUUUAUUUUUUUUAAGAUUGUACAUUUAUUUGAAAGGCAGAAUUACAGAGAGAGAGAGAGUGAGAGAGGGAAAGACAAGAAAGAGAUCUUCUGUCUUCUGCUUCACUCCUCAAAAGGCCAUAUUGGCUGGAGCUGGGUCCAUCCGAAGCCAGGAACCAGGAGCUGCUUAGUUCUCCCACGUGGUACAGGGCCCAAAAACUUGAGCCAUCCUCCACUGCUUUCCCAGGAGCAUUAGCAGGGAACUGGAUCAGAAGUGGAACAGACAGCCUUCACCUCUGCAUUUUUAAGGAUUUAUUUCUGAUGCCGACGCUGUGGCAUAGCAGGUGAAGCUGCUGCCUGCAGUGCCGGCAUCCCAUAUGGACACUGGUUUGAAUCCUGGCUGCUCCACUUCCGAUCCAGCUCUCUGCUAUGGCCUGGGAAAGCAGUAGAAGAUGGCCCAAGACCUUGGGCCCCUGCACCCUCCUAGGAGACCUGAAAGAAGCUCCUGGCUCCUGGCUUCUGAUUGGUGCAUCUCCGGCCAUUGUGGCCAUCUGGGAGUGAACCAGUGAAGACGUAGAUCUCUCUCUCUCUUUUUCUCCCUCUCUCUCUCUCCUACUCUCUGCCUCUCUGUAACUCUGCCUUCCAAAUAAAUAAGUAGAUAUUUUUAAAAGAUUUAUUUCUAAGUAUUUGAUGAAUCUGAUGUGAUUGUAAAUGCUGCAUUUAAUUUUUUAAAAAAGAUUUACUCAUGUAUUUGGAUAGCAGAGUGACAGAGAGAGGGAGAGAGAAAAAGAGAUCUUCUAUCUGUUGGUUCAUUUCUCAAAAUGAUCACAAUAGCUGAGGCUGGGUCAGGUUGAAGACAGUAUCCAAGAACUCCAUCUAGAUCUCCUGAGUGAGCCGCCAUCUGCUGCUUCGCAGGUGUGUUAGUAGGGAGCUGAAUCGGAAGUGGAGAAGCCAGGUCUCAAACCAGCUCUCUACAGGGAUGAGCCAAAAGGCCUGCUCCUCUGUUUAAUUUUUUUUAACUUUCUAAUUGUUUAUUAGCCAUGCAUACAUACAAUCAAUUUUGCUGUUUUACACUUUCAUCUAUGAUCUUGAUGGAUUCCCUUAUAAAUGCAAACCAUGAAGUCAUUGUCGUAGAUAGAGUUUUACCAUCUGUAAAUUAUUUCUUAAUUUCUGACCUACAUCUUCCUCCUCCUCCCCUUCUUUUUCUCUUCUUCCUUCUUCUAAUGGAGCCUGAUGGUCCUGGGUGGGGCCUUCAGUAUAGGGAUAAACAGAAAGGGUGGUAGAAGACAACUUCCUCUCAGACCAGGCCUCAGGGAACAGGAAGGCUUCUGUGCUUUGCCAUUCACACAGUGCAUGCUGGUAGGUUUUUAUCAUCUCGCAUCGGAUUGAAGACGUCCUCUUCUGUGCCUAAGGAUUUUCUAAUUGUCUUUUGUGAAUGAGUAUUGAAUUUCUGCACUUACUAGGAUUAUUUUUCUCCUUUAUCCUGUUAAUGUUUUAAGUACAUUAAUAGAUAUGCAACUGUUAAAACAACCUUGCAUUCCUAAAACAAAGCCCAGCUCAUUCUUGGCAUGAACUCAGCUUCAUCAUAACACGUUUUCCUCUCUGUGUAUUUCCCUCCUUAUGUAUUUCUGGGCUUGGUUUGAACAUUUUUUGUUUUUGUUUAGAAUUUCUGCACCUUUGUAUGUUGUAGUAUCAUCAUCAGGCUUUGGUAUCACAGUUACGCUUGCUUUAUAAAAUGAAUUGGAAAAUCUCCCCCCCACCCAUUGUCAUCCACUGAAAGAGAUCUUUGAAUCAAAUUAUAGCUUUUGAACCCCAUCCCAUUUGCCUUGCCUUGCCUGCUCUCCCUGACUGUGUCUUCUCUUAGUUGCUUAUGCUGCAAACCUGGGAGUUUUUCCAUCAGUCCUAUUAGUUCUGUCUUCAAAACAUCCUGAACUCAACUCACCGUCUCUGCUGGUGCCACUCAUUUCAAACCACCAUUAAGUAAUAUCCAGAUAAACCUCAGUUCAUGUCCUGAUUUGCCCUGUUCCUCUCUGUAAUCAAUCCCACUCACAACAAAGAGGCCACUUAAACAAGUAUAAGACCUUAUCACUGUCGAGCUCAAAAUUUCAAAUGACUUCCUAUCACCCUUAGGAUAAAACGCAUGCUUCUUGCCAUGUAGUAUUAGUCAGGAGACGCUUAUCACUACGUGGAGCACAGAGGUUUGUUUUUCUCUAACUCAAAAUCUACCAAACAGUCUGCAUGACUGAGAAGGUCAACCGUGCUUCCGGUUGGCCCUCUGUGAUUCAGCCAACGUCGACCAUCAGGCUGGACAUCUGAAGGGAGAGACAGCUCAGCGCCCCUGUGCUGGCUCCUCCGUGCUUGGCUCAGGAGUGACACCCGUCCCACGUCUGCUCUGCUCGCAGCUCCUUGAUUCAAAAUAGGCACCUGGACGCCCUUAGGAAUCAACGUGGAGCUCUGUGGAUUAAAGGGACUGGAAGAUGCGGGAAGGGAAUGGAAUGUUUGAUGCGUUCCAGUCUUCCAGAGCACCUCUAAGCCUCGAGGCCCACCUGCCGCUGUCCCCUGCUACUUCACUCUGCGCUUGCACC